UUACAUUAGAUUACAGUCAAAACCUAUAUAUAUAUUUACUUGCUACAUUUUCAUUCCAUUAAGCACUAUUUUAUUUAUCAUUCACCAAAAGCACAUGACUUCUUUCACCUUCCUCUUCCCUUUUCUCCUCCUCCUCACAUCGUCCUUCAUAUUUUCCAGAAAUGGCGCAUUCGUGAGAUUCGCAGAGGGAAAGAUCCACAUUACCGAUGACCUAGACGACGUCGUUGACGACGAGGAAGACGAGUCCUGGAAGGAAUGGGGCAAGAAAUCGCCACCUUCUUCGGAUGACGACCUCAAGCCCAGCGAUCUCUCCAAAAUGGAUAUGUCUAAGAUCCAGGCCGAGAUGAUGAAGCGUCAAUCCGGACCAGUCUUCGGCUUCGUUAAGCUCCGUUUGGGAGUCAAACGAACUCGGGACACGGUAUCCGAGACGGCUAUGAAAUGGACAAAGGUUCUGAAAACUGGAGCUAUAGAAGCCAAGUUCAUGGGCGUUGAUCUCAACACUAUCAUGUUCACUAUGGAAAGAGGACAAGAUGUUUCAGAGGUGAAAGAGUUUGUGUUGGGUCAAGCAGAGGCAUACGAGGUGAAAAUUGGGGAUCAAGUUUUUCGAAGGCCUGGAGAUCCUCCAUUAGAGGAGGUUAUUGAGGAGCUCCAGAAGAAGAAGACGGCGCAGAAUGAUGGAAAUGUGAAAGAGGAGUUAUAGUUAUCUUACUUAAGUAUUGUUAGGUUGAUUUAGUUUGAUUAGCUACGCACUUUCUUUCUUUAAGUAUCUUACUGUUACAUAUUAAAAACCAUCCAUAAACUAAUGAGAAGUACGGCAACAAUCCAAUCAAUCAAUUCAAAAGAAGAUGAAUUUCAUUAA